AUGAGGGCGCAUGUUUUAAGAAGGUAUGUAAAGCCACUCGUCGUCUCUCUAGUGAUUUUCUUCUCCGCGUACGGCUUGCUAGAUAGAAACGCGUCCGUUCAACAACGUCCGACGCCGAGUCCGGCAGAGGUCCGACUUCUGUCCCCGGAAACGUACAAGUACGUCCUGAACCAGCCUGGCGCCUGCAAACGCUCAAACCCGUUCCUGGUCUUCAUGGUCCCGGUGGCCCCUCAUGAGUCCUCAGCUCGGGAGGCCAUCAGGAUGACGUGGGGGGGCGCCAGCCAGGACACCCUCACCUUGUUCUACAUGGGACUCCCCGUGGGGGGCCGGCCGAGGAGCGUCCAGGACAUGCUGGAGGAGGAAAGCAGGACACAUGCUGACGUCAUCCAGAUGGACUUCCUGGACACCUACCAGAACCUGACCAUCAAGACUGUGAUGAUUAUGAACUGGCUGGCCGUCCACUGCCCCAACGUGUCCUACGCCAUGAAGGUGGACUCCGACAUGUUCGUCAAUGUCUUCUACCUGCUUCCUCUUCUGAGCAGGUCUCCGAGGCGCCGUUUCAUCACGGGGUCGGUCAUAAGCGACGGCAAACCGAAGAGGGACCCCAAACACAAGUGGCAAAUUUCCGAGCAGAUGUACCCCGAGGACAGCUUUCCUCCGUACGUCUCAGGCGCCGGUUACGUCUUCUCAGGAGACCUGGCCGCCGGCAUCUCCCGGGCGUCCAGGUCCGUCCGCGUCGUCCCUCUGGAGGACGUGUACGUGGGACUGUGCCUGCGGGUGCUGGGAGUCCGGCCCGCGUACUCCAGGAGCUGGCUGAGGUUCAGGAAUUUGUUUGAAGUCCGCGAUCUGGAGUAUGACAGGUGCUCGUUUGCCAGACGGGUUCUUGUCAACGGCUUUAAUUCUUCGAAACUUCUGCACGCCUGGAAGGAUUUCUCACAAGGAUAUAAAAGCUGUUAUGUGUUUAAAUAAGCAAGAAGAGGAGGAAGGAAGGAGUUCUUCACGGUCAUCCUUUCUUGGAGCAGUUGCAGGUGGUCAGACCUGUUUGGUUGCUGCGCAAUUCUGCAAACAAUGUUCUUGCUUGGAAUUGACUUUGCACUUAAUUAUUAAUAUAUAUACACAUACACACAUAUAUCUACCGCUGCUAAUCACUGGGGCGGUAUAGCUCGGUGGGUAGAGUGGCCGUGCCAGCAACUUGAGGGUUCCAGGUUCGAUUCCAGCUUCCGCCAUCCUAGUCACUGCCGUUGUGUCCUUGGGCAAGACACUUUACCCACCUGCUCCCAGUGCCAGCCACACUGGUUUAAAUGUAACUUAGAUAUUGGGUUUCACUAUGUAAAGCGCUUUGAGUCACUAGAGAAAAGCGCUAUAUAAAUAUAAUUCACUUCACUUCACUGCUCCCCUCACCUCCCAGGGGGUGAUCAAGGGCGAUGGGUCAAAUGCAGAGAAUCAUUUCGCCACACUUAGUGUGUGUGUGUGACAAUCAUGGGUAUUUUAACUUAAUAUAUAUAAAUAAAUAUAUAUAUAUAUUCACACUAGGGCUGCAACAUCUAAUCGAUUAAAAUCGAUUAUAAAAAUAGUUGGCGAUUAAUUUAGUCAUUGAUUCGUUGGAUCUCUGCUAUGCGCAUGCGCAGAGGCUAAAUUUUUUUUUUUAACCUUUAUAAACUGCAACAUUUACAAACAGCUGAGAAACAAUAAUCAAAAUAAUAGGGGUGUAACGGUACGUGUAUUUGUAUUAAGACUAUUAUUUUUCUAUCGAUUAAUCUAUAGAUUAUUAUUUUCGAUUAAUCGGUUAAUCUAUAGAUUAUUUUUUCGAUUAAUCUAUAGAUUAUUUUUCCUUUUACCGAUUAUUUUUUUUAUUUAAAAUGAAGAUGAAAAAAAUAAAUGUAGGCCAGUUUUUUCAAAAGGCAUGGCUUUUAUUUACAAAAAAAAAAAAGUAUGGCCACUCAGUCAACAUUGACAACAACAUGACAAAAUAUUCUGUAACAAUGUAAACAUUUCAAACAUUUAACAAAAUUAAAAGUAGCUUAUUUGCUUUUUAAUGUGCAAAUAUAAAAGUAAACA